UCGGAGUAGAAUCCAUUGUGGCGCUUCGUCGGACUGAGAUUGCAAGACUGGAGGAAAUUGGAUUUUCACAGUAGAAGCAGUUCGAAAAGAAACAAGAAAAAACAACAGUAAUGUACAGAACAAGACAGUCUAAUUGUACAAGGGAGUAGUAUGAAUUAAAUACCUAUCGACAAGAAUUCAGUGGAUGAAGAAUUAAGAAACGACGUCGCAAAUGUUGAUUUCGGUAGCUACAAACGGGAUCAUAACAAAAACCUUUAUAGUGGAGUUUUUAACGAUUUUCUCUGUAGACCGUCAUCAGACCGAACGCUCUAAGCUGUAGCAGCCUUAUUUUUCCUCUUAAAAUUUCAUACUACAAUGUAGCCUAACCAGCUGGCAUGUCAAUUGUAUUUUGAAGAACAGUUGCAACAUCUAAAAGCGCUGAUUUAAACUAAAGGCGUUGCGUUACUCCGUGACACGGCGAGUGAAGAAAGUCGAAUACAGGUUUGAUCGCGGGAGUGUCACAUGGUCGGGGUGCCGACGGGCCAUGAACAUGGGUGGGAACGCUCUUGGGAAAACCUGAAACCGGGACUCUCUUGACAUCCCUGCUCUCACGAUGAGACGGUGACGGAGCGCGACGAUGGCAAAGCAGUGAGGCCCGGGCGACGGACUUUUACCCACAACCCCCUCCUCCCGCGUGUUAUGCGAUCAUGCUGCGCUUCAUCCCGCUCAAAUUCGGCCGCCUCUACCGGUGCCUGAAGCUGCUGCUGGUGGUGGGCCUGUUCGUCGUCCUCCUGAUGAACACGCACAACCUGUUCGCCUCCUUCCAGAAGAACGAGCUCGCCGACCGUCGCUUCAUCAACCUCAACAAGUGCCCCGCCUGCUUCGGCACCAGCUGGUGCCGCAAGUUCAUGAACGGGCAGGUCUCCUUCGAGACCUGGGGCCGGCUGAGGUUCCUGGACAUGUUCAACGUGAAGAACGUCUAUUUUGCACAGUACGGCGAGCCCAGGGAAGGCACCCGGAGGGUGGUGCUCAAGCGCUUGGGCUCCAAUCAGGAGCUGGCCGACAUCGACCAGAAGAUCUGCAAACGGGCCACGGGCCGGCCUCGCUGUGACCUCAUCCAGGCCAUGUACAAGACGGAGUUCGCCCGGCUGAACGGGGACGUCAGGCUGCUGACCCCCGAUGUGGUGGAGGGCUGGUCCGACCUGGUGCACUGCCCGUCUCAGAGGCUGCUGGACAGGGUGGUGCGGAGGUACGCCGAGACUAAAGACUCAGGGAGCUUCCUACUCAAGAACCUGAAGGACACCGAACGCAUGCAGCUGCUGAUGACCCUGGCUUUUAACCCCGAACCCUUGGUGCUUCAGAGCUUUCCGUCAGACGAGGGCUGGCCCUUUGCCAAGUACCUGGGAGCGUGCGGGCGGAUGGUGGCGGUGAACUACGUCGGGGAGGAGCUCUGGAGCUUCUACAACGCCCCCUGGGGGAAGCGCGUGGACCUGGCCAAGCAGCUGAUGGACAUAGCCGAGCAGCUCACCAACAACGACUUCGACUUCGCCCUUUACCUCCUGGACGUCAGCUUCGACAACUUUGCCGUCGGGCCACGGGACGGAAAGGUCAUUGUUGUGGACGCAGAAAACAUCGUUGUGGCCGAUAAAAGAUUAAUAAAACAAAAUAAGCCGGAGAACUAUGACGUCUGGUACGAGAGCAAGUUCGAAGAGUGCGACAAGGAGGCCUGCCUGUCCUUCUCCAAGGACGUCCUCUGCUCUCGCGUCACGGUCGACCACAACUACUACGCCGUCUGCCAGAACCUCCUGUCCAGGUACGCCACGUGGCGAGGCUCCACGGGCGGCCUCCUACACGACCCCCCGGCCGACGUGGCCAAAGACGGCCGCCUGGAGACCCUGCUGGACGAGUGCGCCAACCCCAAAAAGCGCUACGGCCGGUUCCAGGCGGCUAAGGAACUGCGCGACUACCUCACGCAGCUGGGGAACGGCGCCAGGUAG